AUGUCGAUGAAAAAAAAUAAUUGUAUUGGGUACGGUUUGGACUUGAUCGUCCGCCGUUUCUUCGACCACCUGCCCCAGAACCGGUCCCUUCCGUCACGCCUGAGGAGAACGCUGCGGAUCGAGCAUUCGAAGUUCGUACCAAUGGAACGCAUUCUAGGUUGGCGGCCCUCGGCACUCGUCGUAAACAGUCGACAAGCGAUGACUACGAAGUACCAACUACCGAGGCCAACGUUCACCUGGAAACCCCUUCAAGGUCAAAGAUGCCCAUCGACCAUUGGAUGUCACAUCAUAUAA